GGAUAUAUUUUAAGAAUGGAAAGUAGAGCGUGCGAGUGCGUGGUUGUCUUGAAAGUGGACCGAACAGGCGGUCAGUGAGGAGAGAAGGGGGUGCAAAGACCGGGCAUGGCUUGCAAGCUUCUAAUAAUCGACACAGACUGUGGCAUAGAUGAUGCUCUGGCUAUCAUAGUUGCUCUCGCAGCUCCCGUUGUGAAGGUGUUGGGCAUCACCUGCUGCUUUGGGAACACUGAUGUGGAUAAUGUAUGUCAGAAUGUGGUACGAGUACUGUCAGUCUGUCAACAAACCCAGAUUCCAGUUUUCAAAGGGUCUGCUGGUCCUCUAGUUAGAUCUGACACAGCAUGGAAAGAUCAUUUUGGCACAGAUGGACUUGGAGAUGUUCUACAGAACUCUGAGAGUUGGAAGAGGCAGAUACAGAAAGAGCAUGCUGUUCAUGCCAUGAUACGACUGGUGAACGAAAACCAGGGAGAGGUGUCUCUCAUUGCUCUUGGUCCACUCACUAACUUGGCUUUGGCUGUUAAUUUAGACCCCACUUUCCCUCAGAAACUCAAGGAUCUGUAUAUUAUGGGCGGUAAUAUGGAAGGUAGGGGAAAUCUGACACCAACGGCAGAGUUUAAUUUUAGAAUGGACGCUGAAUCAGCUUACAUAGUUUUGGAGGAAUAUACCUGCUCAACACACAUUGCAACCUGGGAGUUCACUUGCAGAAACAAACUAUCUUGGGAGUGUUUUGAUGAGCUGGUCAAUCAGGAUACAUCAGCUGCUCGAUUCAUGAAGAAGAUAACCUCCAAGUGCUCGGCCUUCUCUAGAGAAUUUUCCAUCAACAAAAACAAAGAUGUGCUCUUUGGGCAAGGGUUUGUACCUUACGAUGCCUUUGCUGUGGCAGCUUGUGUGGACAGCAGCGUGAUUACAGAGAGUGUACAGUGUGCCGUUCGCGUGGAGGUAGAAGGUGUAUUGGGACGAGGCAUGAUGGCUGUGGACCAAGCCAAUACUCUGAAGAAAGGCCAUCUUGCAUUUGUGAUGAAGACAUGUGACCUUAAAAAGUUCAGCUUGAUGCUCAAGGCUUCUUUACAAUUAGCAUAGAAAAUAAGCUUCUUUGCAAUGCAUUUGUAUUAGAGAGAAUCCUCUGCAAGUGUCCCUGUUCUGUUAAAGAUUUAACAGAAAAAACAAAACUUUGACACUUCAAAAAGUUCAUAAAGACAUUGUGAAGUAAUCCAUAUGAAUCAUGCCUUGAUCACUGAUUAAAUGCGAAAUAAGUCUCUCUUCAGAAGACUUGAAAUAAAGUGUUAAUAUGGA